AUGUGUGAACAAAUCACCCUCACCUUCAAUUGCGGUUGUAGAAAACCGAGUACAAUCAGAACAUGCGGAUACGCGGGACAAAAGGGACACAGGGUCUUCGAUACCGGUAAGAGGAAAACUCAAGCGCGACUAUGUGAUGAGUGUUAUAUCGCAAGUCGAUACGGAUUCAGUGGGUGUGAAGCUUGGGGAGAAGAUGAGGAAGAAGAUGAGAAGGAAGACGAGAAGGAAGACGAGGAAGAAGAGGAAGAAGAGGAGGAGGGGGAUGAGGAAGAAGAAGAAGAAGAGGACGAGGAAGAAGAAGACAAGGAAGAAGAAUACAAGAAAGAAGAAUACAAGAAAGAGGGAUGGCGGCACAAAAUUUGCACGAAGCGCGGAUCGGAAAUGGAUGAUCAAAGGGAAGUGUCGGAAAGUGGCCAGGCCGGCCAGGGCUCCUCCAGCGAUGGGCCGGCCCUCACGGGGUCUGGAAGGGCCAUCCAGGCUUGCGACAGAUGUCGGAUGAAAAAAGUCCGAUGCGAUGGAAUUGUUCCUACUUGCGGGAGGUGUCAGGCGGCGGGAUUGGAGUGCUUGACUAUGGUUAAAUUGACCAGGAAGAGCUACCCGAGAAGCUAUACGGAGUCCAUUGAGGAGCGUCUCCGGAUCGUGGAGGGAGAAGCUCAGAAAAUGAGGGCUGAGAGUGCUGCAAAGGACACCAAAAUCCAGGAGUUGGAAUUAGCCAUGCGAAGCAGGUCGGUGUCUCAUGUGCAGUCUCAUGCGCAGUCGCCGAAAAACCAAGAUCACACACCACGUGCUCUGGGCUUGACCAGCUCUGGACGGCGAGAUAAUAGAGCAAAGCCAAGAGCCAUCACCGUGGACGACUCGAUAUGUCGUGAAGUUGGACGGAUGAACUCGGACAGGGGCGGCGUUGGGAGAUAUAUUGGUUCGUCCUCGGGAAUAUUCUUUGUUGGUAUGGCCGAGCAAAGAUUUUCAACUCUCAAAAGCAACAUCCAGUGGAAAAUCGGCCACGACCUACUGAAAGUGGAAACCGAUGACCAUAGUGUCGAGUACAAAGUUUAUCCGACCCAGCUAAGGAAAGAUUUCCUUCAGGAAUUACCGCCUUAUGAGACAGCAAAAAGAUGCUGCGAGGCUUGGUUCGAGUUUUGGAGAUACAUCUUUCCAAUAUUACAUCGGCCGACUUUCAUGGGAAAUCUCGAACUUAUGUACUUCAAGCGACAAACUUCACCAGAUGUAGAUAUCCCUGCAGAGAUAUUUGGCAUAUUAUAUAUGAUACUGGCCCUUGGGAGCCGCCAAAUCCAACUCACCAGCGGCAGUACUGAUGAUGGGCCCCAUGUCCGGAGCAGCGGCGAUGAUACGAUUUACUUUGAGAAAGCGAUGAGCUACUAUGACGCUGUUAUAAAACUGGGGACACUUCGAACUGUGCAGUUCUUGGAACUCCAGGCCCUGUGGUACGUUUUUACUGGCAAGAGAAGCUUGGCCCUCCAGACCACCGGAAGCGUUGUCAAGCUAUCAUUAGAGCUUGGUCUCCACCGAUACUCGAGGAGGUUCGAUUUUAAUCCCGUUACAACUGAGAUCCGCAAGAGGAUGUUUUGGGUCUGUUAUAUACUUGACAGCUUUCUAUCAGCCAUAGCCGGAUCACCAAAAUCCCUUCGCGACCAAGACAUUGAUGCAGACGGCCCGUCAGAAGUUGAUGACGAUCUUGUCUCAGCAGAAGGCUACGUUGCAGCGCUGCCUGGAGAGCCAACCGGCAUGAUGGCUUUUGUGGCAUUGGUCAAAGUAGCCCGGAUAUUGUCUCAAACCCUAGAAACACUCUAUACAACAACGAACCGAGCAGGAACACCGGCGAAGAUUAGGUCCCUUGAUCGCCUUUUGGAUCAAUGGGCAAACAUACUCCCAGACCAUCUCCAAGUUAGCUUCGCCAAUAUGGCCUUGAUGUCGCCGGAAGAAGCCCUCGCAGACCUUGGACAAGGUGCGCCAGAAGUUGUGUUCAUACAGCUCGUGUAUUUAUAUGCACGAUUGGUGAUUCAUCGGCCUGCCCUCUCGUUUAAACCACAAACGGAUCAGAGUCAAGCGUCUCUAUUGAAGUGUAUGGAAGUUAAUAUCCAAACUCUCCUGUUGCUCUCGCACUUCAAGCAAUACAUCCUAAUAUUUGACAUCAACCCAGGAGCGCAUGUAUACACCGUUUGGCAAUGCGGGUUAAUGUUAAUGUAUGGCCUGUUAGAGCUCAGAGACGCAAAGGAGAAGCACGGGACGACAGGAACAACUAAAUUCGAGCUUGCGGCAAGACAAUCUACUCACACUUGUCUUGAACUCCUCGAGCAUAUGGUGUCCUGUGGUAGAGAUGGGGAGAGGGUGAGGGCACAAAAUAUACGGGAUAUUCUCACCGCCACCGCUCCGUUGCUGCAGCCGGCAUCAACCCCAGAGCCGAGCAGCAGCACUGGCGGAGUCGAGGGUGGGAGCAAUGUUAGCUCCGCAUACGCAACAGCACCACAACUCUCCAGCGGCAACCAACAGCACCCGAGUACUCCCUUCUCAAAACUACUUAGCUUCAAGGACAACCUAUUAGGUUCCGGAAGCCCACUCACCUCCCAAACACUAAACCACCCCAGCGGAUUCACCUCAUCAAAUAUGCUACAAUCGGAUCCUGAAACGCCAUCCCAGCCGACGUUAAAUCAAAAUGUCUGCCUCGAUUUCAGCAACGACCUUAUACACCCUUAUUACCGCUUUGGAAUUGCAGAUAAUCCCAUGUUUCUCCCGAAUAGUCCGCGUCAUAGAGGGACGCCGGCGAGUGCUACGGCGCCGAGGGAUAUUUGGGAUGAUCCUGUUUUUGCGUACUCGGGGAGCCCGCCGGUUGAACCUUAUGGCCAGGCGGCUGGGGGUGCGGGGCGGAGUGAUCUUACUGAUGAUGGUCCGGAUCCGAAAAGAACGAGAUUUGAAAAUACUUCAUGA